AUGUCUUUUGUGAAAGCUCUCUAUUCAGAAGAAAAAAGGCGUUAUGAACCCAUGCCUCUGACAGGUGCCCAUGGAGUUGGGGAAAACGAGGGAAAUGAUGGACCCCUGUUUCAUUUGAAGCGCCAUAUGUCCAUGAAGGAGUUAUUAUUUUUACUUUGUAUGUCGUUUAGCUACGCCAUAUGUUUUAACACAUUAAACAAUAUUUUGAUUCCAAAAUCUGUUGCCCGUUUUUGUAAUAAUAAACAAAGUCUUUGGUUAGGUUUUCUCAUGGUACUUGGAGCCUUGUGUCAGAUGUCUGCUCCAUUGGUUGGGGCGUACAGUGAUCGUAUGGGUGGCAGGGCGGUCUUUUUAGUGUACGGCUCAGCUGUGACAGUUUUGGGACUUUUUAUUUUUCUUCUUGUGGAAAUGAUAGAUGGAAUUGUAUUACUUUGCUUUGCUCAGGUGACAUCUACCGUGGGACUUUCUGUCGUUUAUAAUAUGGUCAUGGCGUUGUUAACGGAUUAUGUUCCUGAGGAGCAAACUGGGGAAGGAAGUGGGGCGCUUGCUCUUCUUGCCCUAACGGGUAGUGGUGUGGGGUAUGCCAUGUUGGCGAUAGACGUGCCUAUUACUUACUGUCUCUGUAUUUAUGUGCUUGUGACGUUAUUUUGUUUGGCAGUGACUUUGAAUUUUAUUCCAAUUGUAGAUACAUCUCGACAGCCACAAGAGCCCGCCCGUUUUUGUGAUACGCUGACGGCAGCAUUUACGGUGCCUUCCUUUCGUGUAUUUCCCGAUUUUUUACUUGCAUGCAUUGGAAGGGCGCUUUUUAAUACUGGUGUCGCUUCUCAAUUAUAUCUUUUUUUUUUUGUGCGUGAUGUGUUGAGUUUGUCUAGCCCAGUACGCGUGACCUCUGCGUUGUGGAUUGCAGCACUGGCGGGGGGUUUUGUGGGUGCCAUCCCAAGCGGAAUAUUUUCCGACCGCAUUGGACGCAAGCCUGUUGUUUACGCCUCUCUUUGUUUAUGUACCGCGUCAGUCAUGUGUCUUCUUUUUGUACCUAACAUUGAAUUUCUUUAUUUGGUGGGUUUUAUUCAUGGGGUUGGGACUGCGUCUUACCUUUCCGUUGACCACGCACUUGGUAUAUCAACACUCCCUCGUAAAGGUGGUGUGCCGAUUGAUGCCGCGAAGGAUUUGGCGUUAUUUGCCACAAGUGCAACCAUUGGGACAAUUUUUGGACAAGUGGGUUAUGGGGUUAUACUUCAGUUCUUUGUGGCAUAUACGGAGGCCGGGUCAAUUUACUACAGUUAUUUUGGGUUUGUUGUCAUGUUUUCUUUUGCCUCUCUUGCAUUUAUCGCGAGUGGCGCCACGGUGGUGCGUAUUCGCGUGAAGUGA